UAUUGAGGUCGUCCGCAGCGAGCUUGCGCGCAAAGUUUACUGCCGCGAAAGGGUUUUCCUUUGUCCCGAUCUUCGAGGACCUUGCCUUCGUAUUAUGUUUCCGCGCGAGAACCGCGAUCAGCCUCGGCUUAUUGAGGAGCCGAAUCUAAUUGGACGCACGGUGUCGAACCGAAAUUCUCGUGGUUUCCCAAAAUUUUGUGACGGCUACCCCGCGAAACGUGUGCGUCGAGCGAUUUGAAAAUUUUGAGUGAACUUGUGAUUGAAAGAAGUGUGAACUACGGAAUACUAAUAAAUACCUCUAUUGUAUAUUUUUUAAAAGAGGCCAAGUGAACUCUAGGCAUCAUGUCAACCGGCAAACGCUUAGCGAAGCGCUCUAUCAUAGGGACCCGCGUCGCGGCUCUAAGUGAUGAUGGACUUUAUUACUCGGGCAUGAUCCAGGCUGUGAAAACGCCAGCAGCAUUUCCGGAAAAUAAUAAUUGUAUCAACUUGACUCCAAACACCCGUUAUACGGUGCGGUUUGAUGGGGGCAAAAUGAUUCGCGAGUACCGCGAUGCGGAGCUCAUAGGACCCGGAUUUCGUGGAUUGGCUGGAGUUCGUUUGAAACCUGGUCAGCGUGUAUUCCUCACAUACAACGGCCGCGAGGUCCGAGCCGACGUGUUAGAGCACGAUCACGACACCGACGAGCUUCGAGUUCAAAUUCACGUACCAGCCGCUGAAGUACCCAUAGAACUAAGGAAAAGAUUGGAAGAGAUAAGACUACUAGAGUCUCGAAAGUCAGCGAGGCUUGCUGACGUGGACACAGAUUUUGCAAGACUUGCAGACAUGGCCGGCGACAGACGCCGAGCCUCUGCCAUCAUAGAAGUGCCUGCUCAUCACAUGCAAGGAUCACGUAAACGCGGUCCUAGUAGUUCCUGCGAUUUAGGCUAUGGAGAAAGGGAUGACCAGAUGAAUGAAUGCAAUGCGGCCCUCGUUCUGAUGUCACUCAGCUGCUCACCAAACUCACCUCGACCCAGUGCGUGGGGUGGAAGGUCAUCAGUGUCUCCCGGAGCAAGCAGCAGCUCUGGCUCGUCAUGGAGGUCCGGCACCCCUUCCCCUCCGCCAGUAUCUUCGUCUUUCAGUGAUGAGGGCAUUGCUAUGGAUUAUGAGGACAUUCACCCACGCAAAAAGAGGAUCAAUAGCGUUGUAUUCGAAUGCACUUGGAGAGGUUGCGGCUAUAUCACCAACACGUGUUCCUCCAUCGAAGCGCACAUCAGACAAACCCAUUUAGGGCCAAAGAAAGAAGGCGAGAGCGAUCAUGAAGAAGAAUUUUACUACAAUGAAGUGGCUGCACCCGCACCGCCGCCCACACUCUCCCACCGAGACAUGUGCCGGCCGCCACACGAAGAUCCCGACUACCAGCGACAGCUCGUCGGAUCCUACAGGCAAGGACUAUUGUCAACGAUGCAGAACGGAUCAGCGAGACCCAUAAGCAUUCCUGUAACGCAUUCCUGGUCAAGCUCACACUCACCGAAACACUUAAAGAUCUCCGGAGUUAGCAGCUCACCAGGCAGCCCUGGCAGACGUCCUCGCUCGGACAACAAAAAGUGCCGCAAGGUUUACGGUAUGGACCAACGUGACCUCUGGUGUACUCAAUGCAAAUGGAAGAAAGCGUGUACACGCUUUGGCGAUUAGCGUUUGCGCCGCUCGCUCGCCUCUACGCGUGCUAUGAUGACAAACUAACGUUUGUGUCGUGAAAGGUUCCAAACGUUUCAUUACAAAAUAAGCAACAUUCACUGCCUCGGAGUCGUAUGAAGAUAUUAAGUAUUUCUCAUGGGUGAGACUAUUCCGUGUGCGGGACGUGAUGAUAUAGACUAAGCAAAGGAAAUAUAUUGAGUUUUUUAUUUAAUAUAAACUUAUACGGAGUAAAUAUAUUAUAAUGUUUAAGGGAGACAUAUUUUUUCUCGAAGAAUGUGACUCGUAUUUUGACUGCAAAAUAAAUGGACAUUGCCCACGUAUUUUUGUAGCGCAGUAGAUUUGCCUUUACUGCGACACGCAUACGAAAUCUGUGUGUUGCUCUCGGUCGGAGACUGUGAAUAUUAGGUUUAAGGAUAUAGUUAAGGUUAGACUGAAAUAAUGCAUAGCAGUGUGAAAACCAUUGUUAUAUCAAACGAACGUGUCUUAUAUUUUUAAGUUAAAAUUAUCUCUGUUUACUAAUCGACUUUAACUUAUUUAUAUUGAUAUUGGACCAAAACACGAAAUAGUGUCAUUAAAAAAUCCUUAAUGAAAAAAUAAGAUACAAUAAUACAUUUCAAUACAUAUUCUUAUAUCCAUUUUUAAACCCAUUUGAGAAUGAUAUUUUCUAUUAACUAAAUAAAAUGAACCAUCUAACACUACUUCAAACACGAAGCGUUUAUCCAUAAAAUGAGCAAUAAGAAUUUAUUGAGGGUUUCGUAAGUGAAUUAUCAAGUAUAACAGUGAAGUCAGUGAAUCCGUCCACGUCUUCAAAAGUGCUUUUGUUAAGUACCUUCAGCCUACAGUCAGGGAGUAACAAUGUUUUCACGCUGCUUUCGCUCUUACUGCGCAGCCAUGCGCUAUACUAAGUCGACUCGGUUAAAAAGCAUUCCAGUCGCAAUAAACUUCAGUGAUGGUUAUCACUAAUUAUAUGUUUUGACUGAAUUAAUAUAAAAUAAUGAAUAAAACAUAUAGUAAUAUGAACUAGCGCCGUAAGUUAUCUCAGAUUCGACUAAAAGACUACACAAAUUUAGAGUUAAAUUUUUAUGAACAUAUCUGUAUCGUAUAUAUUGUUGGUCCUAUCUGAACAAGGAGACAAUACUCAAUGUGUCCUGAGUGCGCGUGCGCCGUUUAUCUGCGCUAUCAUUGCCGGUGUUACGAUCUGUGAAUGCAGGUUAUGUAUGUAAAAUACUGCAUACCUAUGUCUAGGCUAUGACAAUUUGAAAAGUGUUUAAACGAGAGGGUGACUUCACUCAGGUGAAGUUCAAUAUCGUGAUUGUCUACGCAACUAACGAGAAACAGAACAAGAAGUUGUGAUACCUAUACAAUGUUGUAUUCUAAGUUAAAUCAUAAAUACCAACUAAAAGCAAUGACGCCCCGUAACGUGUACGCAUAUUUUAUAAAAAAAAUAUAUCGAAAAUGGCUAAAUCGCUGCUCCAGAGCAUGAUCGAAAAAAAAAAAAUGAUAUCAGAUUUCAGAUCACUCGGAGUUCCAUCUCGAAGACAAAAAAUGUGAUAAAAUAAGAAAACAAGACAAGAUAAGUAAGUAAAGGCGAUUGCGAGAUGCAAUAUUAUUUGUUAAGUAUUAUUAUAUAAUUAUAUUUGUAAAUAGAUAUUGAGAAUUAUAUUUAAUAUAUUCUAUAAAUUAUAAGUAAUUUUCGGAUAUGUACAUAAAUUAAAGUGAUAUUGCUGUUUACUGUUACUUAAUGUGAUCGUGAAGCUGAAUAUUUUGUACGAAAUAGUUAUCACUUUAUAUUGUUCUUUAACAUAACAGAUCAUAAUUACUAUAGGUAUCUAUUAAUAUCGUAACAUAAACAUUAUAGCGCGGUAUUUCAAAGUCCCAUUGCAAAUAAAACCUAAAAUUUAAAUGGUGUGAAAACUAUAAGGUUAACAUCAUUGCGAGAAUAGAUUCGUUUGUGCCAAUUAAUAACAUUAUUAGUUCAAAUGUUUAUUGUGAAAGAUUUUAUAUCCAUUAGGAUUCUGAAAUGGCUAUUUUUCGUAACCUUACAGACUUUAAUCGAAAUAUUUUCUCUUGACGAUAUAAAAUAUAAACUAUUUAUAUCACAAAUUAUUUCAUAAUAAUACCUACAGAGAUUUUUAAAUUUAAAAAAGUAUACAUAUCGCAUUGCUUUAUAAAUUCAGAUCUGAAUUAAUUGCAAAGAAUAAACACAAAGUCAAAUGCUAAGCUACUGAAAUUUAUUGAUUAUAAUUUGAUUAUAAUGUAGUACACUUAAAAAUAGUUUUUAUUACAAUUCUAAUCGCAGCAGGAUACUAUUUAUAAUACACAAAAAAAAUCUAAAACUUUCUUUUAAUAAAAUUUACGGAAAUUUUCUGUAAAAUAUACAUAUUUACAAAUUUGCAGUCGCUAAUUAUGUAUAAUAAAAUGCUUAUUUUUUUCACAUUAGGUACAUUAUCACUCUACUAAUCAAUAUAAUAUAAACCUUACUGCCUGUUUUACCUCGUGGCUAGCGUAUAAGGCUAAUUGGUCUGACGCCUGAACUCUUUUAGGGAAGUAUUAGAAAGCACUCAUGUUAGUUUGCGCAAACACUUGAUCGCUACAAUAAUAUGUCAUGUCCAUUGGCCGAUGUGUGACAUCAGCAAUCAUCAUCAAUAAAAACAUCCUUAGCAAAACAAUUCCUGUGUCAAAUACAAAUUCGUUAAAACUAGAUACAAAAGAUCGACCAUGUGUGCAAAACCGUCCUUGUCAAUGAAAAGAACCUAAAACGUAGAAGGCAAUCCGUCUAUUUAUCAUUAAACUAAUCCAUAACUAAAUCUCAACUCAGCUCAGACGCGCACCACCAUUUAAGAAAUUACAAAUCGGUCUUGGAUAAUACGUUAAAUUGCCUGAAUAAUUCACUUUGCACAAUUCCGUUUUUUCUUGCCAAUCCUAAACUUCAAAAACAAAAAGUAAAAACGUAAUACGUAUAAAUAUAUAGUAAUUUUUAACUUUGUUCAACUUUUCUUGCAUUGUAACAUAUAUAUAAACAAGGUGUACCUGCAUAUAUUACCAAAUACAUAUAUUAUGUAUAAUAGUAAUUCAUUGCAAUAAUGGUUGUGAUAAUAAAUCAUCUAAAUGUCGUUGUUAGCAAUGACAUCAGAAUUUUAAUUUGACGAAACUCCGCGCUCAUGAAACCAAAUGAUCACUUUAGAAUAAGGCAACAACUCAGCUAGCGAUUUGACAACUGCCAUAUUGUAAGGAUAUAGUUGUAAUUGCGUUUUAAGUGUAAUAAUAAUUAUUAUUAAUGAUAUUUUAAGUUGAAGUCAUAAUGUAGUAUUUAAUAAUUUUAAGUACAAUGAAAUUGAAUUACCUACAAAGAGGUAAAUUCAUUUUACUGAUACUAAAUUUUAACGAAAUAAUCAAGAGUUUCCACAAAUCACGCCUUUUUUUAAAUUCUUUUGUAUUUGUUGAUCCAAAUUUGCUCUUGCAUUUUACUCAACAUUUGUAUCAGAACUCUUAUUUAUCGAAUCUUAUUUACCUUCUUUUUCGAAUACAGUGAUGAUCGGCAUAACUCAUAGAAAGGCUACUAGAUUAAAAAACUAUACAUACUUAAGUGAUUUUAAUUUUUCAUAAUAUAUAGUUCUAAUCUCCAACUUUAUCAAAAAUUUAUUUAACAAAUAAUUAUUUAAAAUCCCUACACCAAGUGGUGCUGAAUAUAAUUGCUUGGUUAUUUAAAAUGCAGAUCUCAAUUUAUUUUGAAGCUAUUAGACGUAUGUACAUAAAAUAUAUAUUAGUUCUAUUUUGUUUCUAAAUAAAUAAGAAAAGUAUUUUUAAUUAAUUUAGAUAAAGACAAUUUUAUUUUAUUUUCUAAGCUAUGUGUAAAUAAAUUUACGUACCUAUUAAUUUAUUUAGCCAAAAUUUUGCUCAAUAUUGUAUACACUCAACACCAAAGUCAUAAUAAUAAAAAAAAUACUUAUACUAUCACGUCAGUACAAAGAACGCAUAAUUACACUGAAAUGUUAUCCCGUUUCGAUACUUCACGUCAUGUGUUAACAAGUUGUUUUGUAUAAUAAAACAUGAUACACGCUGAUACAGAAAUCUAGUAAAACAAGUAGCGGCGAUAAUAGUAGGUAAAUAAAAUUAUUCAUCACAGAAAGUAGCGUGUAAAGUGUAGGACUCUCCUACACUAAAUAUUCUUAUUUCAGUGUUAGGGUGACGAGCCCUAGUCCCAUCUAAGUCUAUAUUUCGUAAUGUUUUAGCUUUGAACUGGAUUGCGUGUCUAUGGUUUUUUAUUACAUAAAAGAGUGUAUUUAAAUUAUUUCUAAGUAAAUUAAUUUUGUUUACGAUGUGCUAAGAAGUAUAUUUAUCACUUGAUUUUGCAUCCGUCUAUAUUAAACAAUUUUAGUUUAAGUUAUAGAUAAUUAUUAUUUUAUUACAAUUGUAAAUCCAAUAUUGUACUUAGCGUAUUACCUUUUUAUCAAAUACAAAAUGAGAUGUAUUUACAAAUUUGCUACAAAUUUCGAUAUGGUUUUGUCCGUUUUAUAGUAUAUAACAUGGACAUAGUAAUUUCCGAAUAUUGCGAGCCUGAAUUUUGGUCCUAUCAUUAACAUUUAAAACAACUCCUAAAAACCAUUAUCCAUUUAUUUUAUAUUUCAUGUUUUGUAAUCCUGUAUGCCAUUGCUAAAAUAAUCUCAAGUUUAUAAAAUGGUUUAUCUUUUCAAUUUACAGUAUAAAUAUUUCUGACUAUAUUCUUGUCCUUAUCAGUGUUCUAACGUACCUUUAUAUUGACGGGAGUAAGUUUAGCAAUAUAAUUCGCCAUUUUAGAAUAGCUAAUUGAAUUACAUUGUAUAAAUAGAAAGUGUGGAUAAACUGUUUAUGGUACCGGUCUCAAUUAAUUGUGUUUUAACUGUAUACCGAAAUUAUUAUGAUAAUAAAACCUACUUAAAUAGGUUAUGUAGGUUGCAUAUUAUAUGGAAUUAUGGCAAUAUUAUUUCAUUUCACCCUUUGCUAUAAAUAUGUAGUUAUUUUAUAAUGAUUUAGUUAUAAUUAUAUCCAACUUACAUGUAUGUGUAGAUUUAAAUAUAAAAAUGCUUAUGUAUAUUUCAAAAACACCAAUAUAAAUAAAAUUUUAUGUGGGCAAUAAAAUUUUACGAAAAUAUGUCUCCUGAGAAGUUCAUACUGUAAGAAGCACUUUGUGUAAAAAAUGUAUUUGGACAUGAGGACCAUGCGCAUUAGUUAAUUUAACGGCAGACCAUAUUAUUGGUAAAAAGUUUCUAUAAAACUAUGAUAACUACUGUUUCUCUAUACUAAGACUAUGCGAUGGUGUUCUGCCAUUCCAGCAUGAUAUUAAAGGGAUUUAUUUGUUGAAUAUUUGUUUAUAUAUCGUUGUGUUUAAUUUAUUUGGAUUACUGUACUUUUCGAUCACUAGUAACAACAGGUUCAUCGUUUAGAUUUAGUUCAUUGCCUCUGACUUGGUGAUAUGCACAUUUCUCUCAAUGCUAGCAUAUCGUCGACACAUCGGUUUCAUGGUUACCAUUAGUUUUAAGAAUAAUGUUAUGAUCAAUCAAAGGGUAUUGUUUGAUGUUAUACUUCGUACGGAUAUGUAGGCAUAUUUCCACGUUGUCAAUAUCACAGCAGUUUUUACCGAUACUGUCAGCUUAUAUAUAUCUAGAUUAAUAUAUUUUUGAUUAUUUAUCAAUUGCGCAUAUAAUUCAAUAAUACGCAAAUAUAUUUUUAAUUAUCAUGUAACACAUAAAAUUAAAGGGAAUAAGGAAAGGUAGAAACUAGCUGGCAGUUGAUCUACUGUGAUAUUAAUAAUUCUAUUUAUUAAUCUUCUAGAUUAUUAUUUAUAACUUAAUGUUGAAUGUGAGCGUGUAUAUUUACAGAGAUCGUGUUAGUGUAAGGCAAUGUUAUUUUAUACUGUACCUAAUGCGAAAGGUCCAGAAUGUGUUCCAAAUUAUUGAUUUUAGAAUUAUAGAUAUUAUAUUGAAAUGUUUUUGUUAAUAAUUCUUAAUUAAAUUGUUUAUGAAGUUUCGUAUAAAUAUUGUAAUAAACACAAUAAGAAGCGUAAAUAUUAUGAUUGUGUACAUCACAUAUAUAAACGUUUUGUAAACUUAUCAAAUAGUGCGCUCAGAGCUCUCUAUAAAACUAAAAUAAAUUCAAAUGUUAUUUUGUUUAAUUGUUAUGUGUGUUCCAUCUGCAUCACUUGACUGUGAGAUAUUAGCUACCUACUCAUGAAAACGAAUGUAACGCAGUUAAAAAGGAAAUUUAAUGGAAGUGUUAAUCUUCCUCAAAUAGACUAAUUUGUCUAAAUUAUUAUACCUCAAUUAAUUUUAGAAUAAAUUUAUGUCUUGAAAAAAUAUAUAACAGUUAUUAGUA